UCUCUCUGUCUCCAUCUCUCUCCCCUGCAGUCACAUCAUCUCUGUCCCCAAUGUGAUUAAACUCCUCUCCUUCUCCCGGUGUCGUUCUCUCCGGGGGAUUUUCGAUGUUCAGAUUCACGUCUUAGCUGUGGAAUGAUGUUUUAUGCGCCCUUCAGAGAUGCUCGAGGACCUCCCAUGCAUCGGAUGCCCUACGUCGCCUCUCCGUAUGAGCGCCCAGCCUGGAACCCGCGAUACUGUGUCAUCUCUGGAAACCAGCUUCUUAUGCUCGAUGAGGAGGAGGUUCACCCACUGUUGAUCCGAGAGAGGAGAAGCGAUCCGGCCAGAAGCAAAUUCCUGAGGCGUACAGUCAGCGUCCCCGUGGAGGGGAAACACCCCGACGAGCACGAUUUUCACCUCGCCCGUUCCCGGAGGAAAAGCGUCCCAGGGGGGAAGCAGCACAGCAUGGACGCCCCCCCCACCGCUCCCUUCCGACCGUCGCAGGGAUUCCUGAGUCGUCGUCUGAAGAGCUCUAUAAAGAGGACAAAGAGUCAGCCCAAACUGGACAGGACCAGCAGCUUCAGGCAGAUCCUCCCGCGAUUUCGGAGUGCUGACCAUGAUAGGGCACGCCUCAUGCAGGCGUUUAAGGAGUCACACUCCCACGAGUCCCUGCUGAGUCCGAGCAGCGCGGCGGAGGCUUUGGACUUGCAGCUGGAUGAGGAUUCUGUGGUGAAGCCGGUGCACAGCAGCAUCCUGGGACAGGAGUUCUGUUUUGAGGUGACCACGGCAUCCGGCACCAAGUGCUUCGCCUGCCGCUCGGCUGCCGAGAGGGACAAAUGGAUCGAGAACUUGCAGAGGGCGGUGAAGCCAAACAAGGAUAACAGCCGGCGGGUGGAUAACGUCCUUAAGCUAUGGAUCAUCGAAGCCCGCGACCUCCCCCCCAAGAAGCGCUACUACUGUGAGCUGUGUUUGGAUGACAUCUUGUACGCCCGCACCACCAGCAAGGCCCGGGCCGAGACGGUCUUCUGGGGAGAGCACUUCGAGUUCAACAACCUGCCCGCCGUGCGGAACCUGCGCCUGCACCUGUACAAGGACACGGACAAGAAGCGCCGCAAGGAGAAGAGCAACUACGUGGGCAUGGUGAACGUGCCCAUCGCCAGCAUAAGCGGGCGCCACUUUGUGGAGCAGUGGUACCCGGUCUCCCAACCCACCUCGUACAAGGGCAAGAGCAGCUGCCCCUCCAUACGCCUAAAAUCCCGAUACCAAACCAUGAGCAUCCUCCCCAUGGAGCUGUACAAGGAGUUUGCCGAGUAUGUUACCAACAACUACCGGAUGCUGUGUGCCGUGCUGGAGCCGGUGCUAAGUGUCAAGAGCAAAGAGGAGGUGGCCUGUGCAUUGGUGCAUAUCUUACAGAGCACGGGGAAAGCCAAGGAUUUUCUUUCGGACAUGGCUAUGACAGAGGUUGAUCGCUUCCUUGACAGAGAGCACCUUAUUCUCCGUGAGAACACACUUGCAACUAAAGCCAUAGAGGAGUAUCUGAAACUGAUAGGACAGAGAUACCUCAAGGAAGCCAUCGGUGAGUUUAUUCGGGCUCUGUAUGAGUCGGAGGAGGACUGUGAGGUUGACCCCAUGCGCUGUCCACCCUCUGUACUGCCCGAUCACCAGGCCAAUCUCAGGAUGUGCUGUGAACUCGCACUUUGCAAAGUCUUCAACUCCCAUUGCGUAUUUCCUCGGGAGCUGAAGGAGGUCUUUGCGUCCUGGAGGAUGCGCUGUGCAGAGCGCGGCAGGGAAGACAUCGCAGACCGACUCAUCAGUGCCUCGCUCUUCCUCCGCUUCCUGUGUCCGGCCAUCAUGUCCCCCAGCCUCUUCGGCCUGAUGCAGGAAUACCCUGAUGAGCAAACAUCUAGGACCCUCACACUCAUCGCUAAGGUCAUCCAGAACCUGGCCAACUUCAACUUCAACAGGUUCAGCAGUAAGGAAGAACACAUGUCCUUUAUGAAUGAGUUCCUGGAGGCAGAAUUGGCCAAUAUGCAGAAUUUCCUGUACGAGAUUUCCAACAUGGAUGCGCUCACCAACAGCAGCAACUUCGAGGGCUACAUCGACCUAGGGCGGGAGCUGAGUACCCUGCAUGCUCUGCUCUGGGAAGUGAUCCCCCAACUUAGCAAGGAUGCCCUCGCAAAGUUGGGUCCUCUUCCGCGCCUUCUCAACGACAUCAGUCUUGCGCUCAGGAACCCCCACAUCCAGAGACAGCCAAGUCACCAAGAGAGGCUGCCACCCCCCAAACCCGUCAUCCUGAGGGGGCCAUCUGCUGAGAUGCAAAGCUAUCUGGCGCGAGACCUCAACAGCUCCAUGGACAUGACCCGUCUCCCCUCUCCAACGAAGGAUAAGUCCUCCAAGGACAUGUUCUUUGUGUCACGUCGUCCCCUCACACGCUCCUCGCCUGCCUAUUGCACCAGCAGCUCGGAUAUCACAGAGCCGGACCAGAAGAUGCUAAGCGUCAACAAGAGCGUGUCCAUGUUAGACUUGCAGGACAGCCGCAUGAACAGUGUGUCCAACCUGCAGGCUGUAGGGGACUUGCUCAAUUCCAGCCAGGCCUCCAUAUCUGGUGGACUACGCCCGGGAGGCCGGCUCUCCCAGGGAAGCGGGUCCAGCAUAGCGGCCGGUCUGCGGCUCAGUCAGAUGGGGGUCACGACCGACGGGCUCUCGGCUCAGCAGCUGCGCAUUCCCUUGUCCUUCCAGAACCCGCUCUUCCACAUGGCCCCCGACGGUCCCACCGGACCUCCCCCUCACGCGGCUCCUCACAGGCCGGACCCUGGAGCAGACGCCUUCGCCCCUUUCCACGGUUACAGCAAGAGCGAGGACUUGAGCUCCGGGAAGCACCUGCUCCACAGUCACAGCUACAGCGACGAAUUCAGCCGGCAGGGGUCAGAGUUCAGCAAGAGGCAGCUUUCCCUCCAGGAUAAUCUCCAACACAUGCUUUCCCCUCCACAAAUCACCAUUGGCCCCGGAGUGCCACGCAGGCAGGACUCUCAGCCUCCUCCCCUACACAGGGGCAAGUCCCAGCAGCUGACGGUACAGGCCGCUCACAAACCCCGUCCUAGCAGCGGCAACCUCCUGCAGAGCCCAGAACCCAUGUACGGAGCACCACGAGUCAGGCAACAGUCGGUCGAGAAGGACACGGGGGGUUUAAAACCCACCAUAACCAAGCAGCAUUCCCACACGCAGUCCACCCUGAACCCAGUCACUCCGGCCUCAGAACGCACCGUGGCCUGGGUGUCCAACAUGCCCCAUCUGUCUGCCGAUAUCGAGAGCUCUCACAUAGAACGGGAGGAGUACAAGCUGAAGGAGUAUUCUAAAUCCAUGGACGAGAGCCGCCUUGAAAGGGUCAAAGAGUACGAGGAGGAAAUUUACUCCCUAAAAGAACGGUUGAUGAUGUCAAACCGGAAGCUGGAGGAAUACGAGAGGCGCCUUCUCACCCAGGAAGAACAAACUAACAAAAUGCUGCAGCAAUACCAGUCCCGCCUGGAGAUCAGCGAAAAGCGCCUGCGUCAGCAGCAAAUGGAGAAGGACACGCAGAUCAAGAGCAUCAUAAACAGGUUGAUGCUGGUGGAGGAGGAGAUCAGGAAGGAUCACACCCAAGAACCCAUCGAUAUGAAGAGGAGACUUAUCGAGGCUCAGGUGGAAAUUACAAUGUCAUUGUGCCUUUCUGUGUCACAUCGUCAUCACACCCUGUCUCUGUCUCCCAUCUUAGAGUCUGUGUCACAGACCUGGCAUCGGCGGAUGCGGCUGAUUGCCGAGGGAACUCCACCCAGAGCCAGAGAUUACCCCUACACCACUAUGCCCCAGCCCCACCGAUUCUCUCGGCAGCACCUGCUGGAAACAGGAGAAGAAGUUUCCCUCCGUGGGUUCAGCAGACCCGCGUCUGAGGCUGGCGAGUCCAUGGAAUGGGGCCCUUCCACCUCUGCCUCCUCGACUCCAAAUCACAGAAAAUGGAGACUUUCUAAACUCAAGUGACCAUCACUAACCGGAGCUGAGGGGUCCAUCCACGAGCCUGGGUGGGAGGAGGAGGGGAGAUUGGGAUUUCCCCACUGAGGCAUCUGUCCACGAGCCUAAUGGGUGGGGGGCCGGGAUCCUCCUGUCCAACCCUGACUCUGACCCCCUCCCUCUGUGCCGUCCAGACCUGCGGCCGACAAUCUGUGUGACCCCCAAACACAUGUGGGAAGUAGAGAGGAGAGAGAGAGAAGGGGACAGCGCACUGAACUAUACCUAAUCAUGUAACCCCGAGCCCUACACCUGAGUUUACCUUGGUCUUCUCUGCUUAUCCGUUUCUUUUUCCUCCACUCCAAACAUUUGUUUAUUUUCCUCCAAUCCCUUUGUCUCCCUGGCUUCCCUCUCCAAGCUCUCCGUCUCAGGUCCGAGGCCCUGGGAUUCGCACUGACAGAUCUGCACUGUAGGGGACACCCCCCAACUGUACCACACACAUAUUUCCACUUCUCACAUCUCUCACCAUCUUUUAUUUAUUAUUCCUUUCUCAUUGAUCCUCCACCCAAAAUCUCCCUCUACCAAUAUAAUCAAUUUUCUUUUACCUCUCCAUAUAUCCUCGCCCCCCCCAUCGAUCUCCCCAUAUCCUCCCACUUUUCUGUUCUGUGUGAAAUGAGAAAAAAAAAAUUCACAUGAGCCAACCAGCUGAGGCGACUCCUGUCACAUGGGAAAUAGGGAGAAGGCUUGGAAAGAGAGAAUGAAAGGGCAAAUGGAAGAAAAUGUAUGUACAUACUAAAGAACACAAAAGAAAUCAUGGUAGAAAGGGUGCAGGAAAGAGUCGAACAAACCCCAUUGCCCUUAGUGUACGGAGAGGAAGGAAAGUGAUUGUGUAAAAGCAAGAAAUAAGGAACACAAGGUGUUUGGGGAUCUAGAAUGAAGCUUGGUGGAGUGAGGGAAUUCUAUGGAUCCAGAAUGAGGCAGCUUGGUGGAGUGAGGGAAUUCUAUGGAUCCAGAAUGAAGCAGUUUGGUGGAGUGAGGGAAUUCUAUGGAUCCAGAAUGAAGCAGCCUGGUGGAGUGAGGGAAUUCUAUGGAUCCAGAAUGAAGCAGCUUGGUGGAGUGAGGGAAUUCUAUGGAUCCAGAAUGAAUCAUCUUGGUGGAGUAAGAGAAAUCUAGGGGUCUCAAACAAAGCAGCUUGCUGGAGUGAAGAAAGAGUCCUAGUGAGGAUAGUAAAGGGGUUCUUGAAUAAAGUAGCUUGUUGGUAUGAAGAAAGGUUGAUAUUUCCUGAACACGGCUGUUUUUGAGAUCAGGGAUUGAAGGAUUUCUAAUGGUUCCAGAAAGAUGCAGCUUGUUGGAGCAAGAGAUGGCGGUGGCUUCCAGGAGGAAGCCUCAUGCAGGGGUUGGGGAUGAAUCCUUCCAGCUGGUUAUACAGGUACAUCGUACAUUUUACCUCCUUACAUGGGCAGCUGAUCUGGGAGACUAAGGAUCGCUCAAUUUGUAUGAUUAUUAUUAUUAUUGAACUUUAUUUAUUUCGCUAAACCUGUCAAUCCACGUGGAGCCGAACGAGUGAUGUCCUUCGCCCAAAGAGCUUACAAUCUAACUCCGCUUCCUGUGACACGGGGAGAUUACAAAUACCUUGGCCUCAAAGGUCGCAUGGAACUUGCGGUUGGAUGGGGAGGGAGGCGGGAAGGGGGUAGUUCUACCCAAAUCAGAGGUCGAUGCCAUAACCCGCAGGGCCCCUCUUCACCCUGGUGACAGGAGCUGCCUGCCCUGAAAUGAAUGUGUCAGUAAAGAUAUUCUGAUUGUAUUUGGUUCUUUUUGACGUUAUGUGUAAAUAUAAAACAUUUAAGAAAA